AUGAAAAGGCGGUUGGCAGUGUUGAAAGAGAACAGGUCUCUGCUGGCAGUAGAAGAAUUUCUGACAGUGGAAAGGGAACUGGAGGUGUUGUUGAGGCAGGAGGAAGUAUUUUGGUUGCAACGGUCAAAGCAGUUAUGGCUAAAGCACGGGGAUGUUAAAACGAAGUUUUUCCAUAGGGCUGCUACUGCUCUUAGAAAACGAAAUUUGUUAUUACGCGUGAAAGAUCAAGAAGGGGCGUGGGUCGAAGGAGCAGCUAUGAACGCUGAAAUACUAAGACUUAAAGGAGCUUUGGGACAUGUUGUGUCUCAGUCCCAAAGCGCUUUUGUCCCGAAGCAACUGCUCACGGAUAAUAUAAUAGUUGUUGGGGAAGUGGGUCAUUUUCUGAGGAGGAAAACGUGUUGGGCGAUGGGUUGGGUGGCGCUGAAGCUGGAUAUGGCUAAAGCGUACGAUAGAAUGGAGUGGGGGGUUAACGGGGAGACCGUUGGCGCUGUUUGUCCCACUCGAGGAAUACGGCAAGGGGACCCGUUGUCCCCUAAUCUUUUCAUUCUAUGCGCCGAGGCUUUAUCAAUCCUGUUGCAGCAGAAGGAGGAGAGUGGCACGGGGGCAAACCUACAAGAAGCUUUGAGAAUCAAAGAUUGCUUAGAUCUGUAUUGUGCGGCGUCAGGUCAAUUGAAAAAUUUUGACAAUUCCAGUGCUGUUUUUAGCACAAAUACCAAUGCCAAUAUGAGGGAACGGGUUUCUGAUUGUUUUGGGGUGAGGGAGGCGAAGGAUCUCGGGCAGUAUCUUGGUCUUCCUUCGAUUCUAGGGAGGAAUAAAAUCGCUACGUUCCGGUACAUUGAGGAAAAAAUCAGGGAACGGAUAGGGUCGUGGCAACACAAGCUAUUAUCCAAGGCAGGUAAAGAGAUUUUACUAAAGAGUAUAGCUCAAUCCCUUCCUAUUUUUACCAUGUCGAUUGUUUUGCUGCCGAUUCGUAUUUGUGAUACCCUUGAGAAACUUUCAACCGCUAUUGGUGGGGAAGUGGCGGGGCAAGUAGUCGGGGGUUACAUUGAUUGA